CGUUCGAGCUUCCAUCCACCAUCGUCAAGUUCCCCACUCGGAAUCCGAACCAUGAACCGCAAACCAAACGGCAAGGCAGCCGUCAACGGCCACACCAACGGCGAUGCCAACGGUCACUCCCGAACCGAGCGUGAGAAGUCUCCCCCAAAGAGGUUCGAUGGAGUUCACAUGGGCGCCUGGGUCGAUUGGCUGCCAGCUUCGUGGAAGCCGUACAUCCAGCUGGCCCGCAUGAGCCCGCCGGUCCCGCUCCUCCUCAUCUUCUUCCCUCAUCUGUUCGGCGUGGCUCACGCUGCAGUCACCCGCCAGGCCUCUUUGGACGACAUCCUCCGUGUUUCCGGCAUUCUCCUCGGCGGCAGUUUCUUCUUCUCCAACGCAAUCCACGGCUGGAACGAUCUUGUCGACGCGCCCAUUGAUGCGCAAAUCCCCCGAACGGCAAACAGGCCCAUCCCACGAGGCGCCAUCAGCCCUCGCGCGGCCUUCAUCUUCACGGCAAUCAACGCGCUGAUCGCUCUGCUCUUCUUCCUUCCUCUGCCAGUGGAUGCGAUUUGCGCCUCAGUCCCUGCCAUUGUCACCAACUACUACUACCCUUACUCGAAAAGGCACACUAAGAUCCCCCAAGUCAUACUCGGUGUCGCGCUGCAAUGGGCCGUCGUCCUCGGCAGCACCGCGAUGGGGGUAAGCAGCGCAUGGACCGACCCAUCCGUUCUGAGUCUGUUCUUUGCCUCGCUUAUUUGGACCAUCAUCUACGACACAAUCUACGGAUUCCAAGACUACGAGGUUGACGUCAAGCUCGGGGUAGGAAGCACCGCGGUGCUUUUCGGAAUCACCUACGGCAGACUCAUUCUGUGGUUUCUGAGCGAGGUCGUAGUGGGUCUUCUAUUUGCUUCGGGCUACAUUGAGGGCAUGUCUUGGGUGUACACCGCCAUCGCCGCUGGUGGCUCGUUUGCUUCGCUUAACCUCAUGAUGGCUAUGGUGGAUGUGAGGAACCCGGAGAGCUGCUCUUGGUGGUUUGCGUAUGGGUUCUGGGGCCCUGCCUUCUCCAUUUCCCUUGGCCUGCUUGGCGAGUACGCGCUAUAA